AUGCUAACGUUUAUCAGUCAAUCGUUGGAUUGUGAAACGUUCGCAGCAUUGAAUCCAGGGCGACCGAGCCCGUUGUCGACCAGACAAUCAGUGGACCUAGUAACAGUGAGGAUCGGAUGAAAUUAGAGGCGCUUGUAAAAGUGGCAGCACAGUGACCGGGUUCCCAUCGAAAUAUUCCGUGAAGCAGACUCGUGGUAAAAAUUCCAGACAGAAAUCACCUCCAUUGACAAUGAAGAUCCAAGGAAAAAGUUCAGUCGAAAUUUAUGGCGACGAAAUGGAUUUACGCGAAAUAAUUCGCAAGGAGAAUUUGGAUGCCCAAGAAGAGGCACUCUAUGUCUGUGAUUUAAGUGAUAUUGUUAAUAAGUAUUACAUUUGGAGAGAAUGUUUACCACGAGUUGUUCCGUUUUACGCUGUCAAGUGCAAUGAUAAUCCAUUCGUCCUCAAGUUACUAGCCGCCCUGGGUACCGGGUUUGAUUGCGCGUCGAAGGGAGAAAUUAAGAAGAUUUUAUCAAUGGGAGUGGAUGCUGAAAAAAUAAUUUUUGCAAAUCCCGCUAAGCCUAAUUCGCACGUGCUUUAUGCUGCUGCGAAAGGGAUCGCAACUAUGACCUUUGAUAGUGAUUUUGAAUUGUACAAAAUUGCCAAGACUUUUCCUGAUGCAAAUUUGGUCAUAAGAAUUCGUUGUGAUGCUGAAAAGGCGCAGUGUCCGCUCGGACAGAAGUUCGGUUGUGAUGCUGAGCUAGAGGCUCCUGGUCUCAUUUCACUUGCAAAGGAAUUAGGAUUGAAAGUGAUCGGUGUGAGCUUCCAUGUAGGAUCAGGAUGCGAAGAUUUUCCAGUAUAUGAACGAGCUAUAUGUGCUGCUAAAACGCUCUUCAAAUACGCUAAAACUUUGGGGUAUGAUUUUAAUUUAUUGGAUCUCGGAGGAGGUUUUCCCGGUGACAAAGGAACAUCUCUAAAAGAAGUUGCUGACAUUAUAAACAAAGCUCUUGAUAAAUACAUGCCUGACAGUGCCAUUCACAUCAUCGCUGAACCAGGAAGAUUUUUUGUUUCGUCGGCAUUCACGUUGAUCUGUAAAAUUUACUCCAAACGGGAAAUCGUGCAAAAUGACAAACUGGAGAAGACCAUGUAUUUCAUAAACGACGGAGUCUAUGGCUCAUUCAACUGCAUUCUAUAUGACCAUCGUUUGGCCGCACCAACCUAUAUUACGAGAGCUGAUAACACACUUUACAAUUCGUCCAUAUGGGGCCCCACAUGCGAUGCUCUCGACCAGAUCUGUGAAACAGUGAAGCUGCCAAAGUUGAACAUCGGUGACUAUUUAAUAUUCGAGAACAUGGGAGCGUAUACCUUACCAAUUGCGAGCCCAUUUAAUGGGUUUCCCUUGCCACGUGUUAAAUUCUUCAUGAGAGCUUCCGACGAGACUGCUAACAACAUCUUUUGAAUAUUACCCUGGGAAGACGAAGAAUUUGAAUUGGAUAUUCCAUUGAAUUUUAACGUAUCAAAUAGAAUUGAAACUUUUUACUUUCCAAAGUUUAAAUUUUACCAAGUAAUACAUAUGUGUAUGGAUCUCACGCAAAAUAUUUUGUUUUGAAAUUUUAAACUCUACCUAUUUAUGAUUUUAUGAAAAAUAUGCAAAUGAUCUGUGUAUUUUGCGCCAAUAAUAAAAUGCAUAUUGUGGCAAUUGAAAGAAUUCAGCCUAUUGUUGGGGAAAUAUGAAAGUCGAA